CUUUGUAUUAAUAUUGUUUUGUUGAACUUCUUCUUUCGAAGUGCAUGAUCAAGUUCACGUUUUUAUUUUAAAAAUGUUUCAUCAUAAGGUAGUUAAAAUCAGAAGAUUUUAUGUUUAAAACUAGGGAAAUAGAAUCGUAUGAUUUAAAUACCCAACUUUACUCGAUAUAAACGCAACGGAAAUUGAUUGUCAAUGGUUCUGAAAGUUUUUUUCUUAUAAUAGUCAACUUUAUCUGUUGUGAAUUCUGGUUAGAACUUAGGAAAUCAUUCCUGAUGUUAGUCAACGGUUAGCAUACAAUCAAACUAUGAAGAAAAAAAAUCUUGACACCUUGAUUUAGUCAACACAAACUUCUCAAUUUUAUAUGAUACAUGUAUAUGAACUGUAAACUCAACAAUAUCCACAACCUCAUUAUACAAAUAACAACUAUCUGUUCAUUAGUGAUUAACUUUGAGAGGUAGUUCUGAAUGUUCUAGCGAGAGGCUAUGAUCAUGUAAGUCCAACCAUAUGAAGCGUAUGGCAGAUAUAAAUAGUCUUAAUAAGUACUGGUCACACAAUACCAGAUAUUUAAAGACUCAGCUAUCUGCCCACUACAAAGCCUGAGGAUCUCAUGUCUGGGUAGCAUUGUGAAUGCGCAUCACUGAAGUAUAUGUUAAAACAAGGGAUAAUACUUUUAACGUGAAUCGUUUUUCACAUAUAGGCUCGUGCACCCAAAUAUGGACCGCAGGAUUUGUCUAAGCUUUGAUAAUACUAAAUAACACUAUGAAUUUAAGCAGAUAGACUGUAGCUCAAAACUCGAGGUGCCAUCACAAAAAACAGUAAUUCUAGUUUUAAAUAAAAAGCUAAUACUUGAAAUACUCACUGAAGGCGAUGAAGGAUGUGUUGCUCGAUUUCGUGGAUUAGUUGAAUUUAAACAUUAACACCGUUAAAUGCCGGCUCAUUGGUCUGGAGGUUAAGCGUCCGUGCGCGAGACCGUGAGGAGGGGUCGUGGAUGCGCACUGAUUAGGAGCCCCGAAAUGGGACGAAACGGCCGCCCACUUCUUCCAUGUUUUCUAUGGUAGUCUAGCUUCAAUUGACUCAUAAUCUCAACUAUUAAAAUUACUCCAUAUCUGUUCGUAACCCAGUUUUAUUAGGGCUGACAAAAUCAAAUUAAAAUAUCCCAUUACAAUUCUUUUUAUUUCAUUGUAUAUGCAUCUACUUUCUUUUUUUCGUUUUUGUUUUCCUCAGUUUACUGUGAGUAUACACAUGAUCGAUAUCAAGAUGAAGGACUUCGUCUAUUAGAAAAAUAUCUACCAUAUUUAAAUCCAGAGACUGGUUUAAGAAAUCGAAUGAUUACUCGUGAUCCCGUAACUGGUUUGGGUGAUCUAGAAGCUGAAUGGAAUCCUCUUAACGGAUGUCAUUUACGUAGAAGACACUUUCCUCAUCGUGAUCCAAUUAGAAUGGAAGGUGAUAUGGGUACUGAAUACAAUUGUUUGUAUACUACUAAAGAGCUCACAUGUAAAGAUCGUGUUAACCGUGAUCCAAUAACACUUCAAGGAGAUUUAGGUGAGGAAGUAGACAUGUUAAGACCACAUGGUGGUAGGCCAAGAAGUAAAAUUGAUCAUAACAUACAUGUUUCAAGGUCUGAUUCUAUCAGUGGUCGAUGCGAAUAUAAUGUAGAAAACAAUUCAGUAAAUCAGUAUAAUGAAAGACAAUGUAACGAAGAGAAUUCAAAAAGAUAUUCUUAUCUUGCUACAGAUCCGAUAACUCAUUCACUGCCAGAAACAAAACUAGUUCGAUCUCAAUCAGUACGACAUUAUAAAGAAGCAUGGGCUACUCAUGAUCCAAUUGGUUAUAUGCACAGAACUGGUACAUCAUAUAAGACGGAUAAAGUUCGAGGAAUGAAACAUUUUCCAAGCAAUAAAAAUCCCGUGACUCAUCGAUUAUCAACUAAUCAUCAUCGGCAGCAGCAUCGUCCCCAACCGACAUGCACUGCCUCAAUAUCUAAAUUCAAUACCCUUAGAGGUUUGUUUAAGAAAUUCAAUUCAGAACUAGAGCUAACCAAAAAGCCAAUGUCAGUAUUUCAUCUUUGCCUUGUAAAAGCUCUCAUGUUUAGUUAACCAGUUCUGUUUAAAAUCCGAAUGUUUACUUGAAUAAAUGUUCAAUUCAAUCACUUGACUAUGAUAUUCACCCUUGAAAAAUAGUGAAAAUCACCACUAAGUACUUCCAGCAUAUGUAUAUACAUUUUUUUUCCUGUUAUAUACUCCAAGUAAAAAUAAAUUUGGUUUUUGGUGCAUUUCCUAAUCGUCACUUAUAAUAAUUAUUUUAAUAGACAUCAUAAGAAGUUUGUAAAACAAGCCAACUUUCUCAUCGUUUCCUACAGAAUGAGAAAAGUGUCACUAGUGACAUCAAACUUAUGUAGAAAGAUUAUUUAUUUCUAACUUGAUCUAACAUUUAAACCUCGUCAGUUGAUCAUUUUCCGAGUUGUUCUUCUUAUCUUUUGAGAAACUGUUGUCAAUUAACAAAUAUGCUAAUUUUCCAUUAUGAGUAGUAUGAAUUUAAAUAAUUCCAACGAUCAUACAUAAACAAUUAGCUUAAAUUAAAAUCUCCAUAAAAAUUAAACUAACAUUUGUUAUGUGGAACAUUCAUAUAUUUUAGGAGAAAUCUAUAAAUUAUUUUAAGAGGCCUCUGUUAUGUCGAUAAAAAGGCACUUUUUGAAAAAUAGUUCGCUUGUUAAUUCAUCAGUCCGGAUUUCUUUUAGUGAAUAAAAUCAUUAGCUCAACAUUCUGUUUACUCUCUACUAUUACAAUAUCAGUUAAUAGCUGUUGACUAGUGUAUUAUUCCCAGGAUUACCCCAUGUGUAAUAGGUCAUAUAUAUAUAUACAGGUCCUGGGUUCGAAUCUCGCGGGGGGAGAGAUCGUAGAUGCGCACUGCUGAUGAGUUCCAUACUAGGACGAAACGGCCGUCCAGUGCUUCCAGGUUUUCCAUGGUGGUCUAGCUUCAAUUGACUCAUGAUUUCAAUCAGUGAAAUUUCUAAAAUCUCCAUAUAUAUAUAUAUAUAUAUAUAUAUAUAUAUACACGCUACUACUCAAGUUUUGUUCUACCUUUUACGAGUCAGAUCACUGAAAUAACAUUACGUGAAGAUCAUUAUAUUCCUUAGGACAAGAUUUCAUUAACGACCAGGUUUAUACACUAAAGUUGACGUAAGAUCUAAUUAACAACCACGUAUGGUGGGUCAUCUAGAAAAGGAGACCAGAGGAUUCUAGUUCAAAACAUUUUUAAAGCUAUCUUCCAUUACAGACUAACAUAAGCUUGGGGACCAGAGAAAACUAGACAGCAGUGAACUGUUUUGUCAUCUUGGUUUUGAAUUUCUUAUGAAUGUGCAUUCAUCAAUUAACAAGUGAUUCAAAAAAGAAUCAUCACUAACUCUGAGUUAGAACCCAGUGGUAUAUACUUUUUAACUGCAUUUAACUAGUGAUAUAACAAAUAUCACAUAUUUACUGCUUCUGUAUCCAUAGAAAAUCGAACAACUAAGUAAGAACGUUAAAUCACAAUCACCAAGAGACAUUAAGGUCCUUAUCAUUUUAUCAUUUAAAACAUUUUAAGCGAUACAUCUCGACAAUUUGUAAUGAUUAUAAUGACUAGAAAUCAAUUUCAUUUUGGUUAGUAUAAAAAUAAAAAAUUGUAAUCAAACGAAUGAUUAUCACCAUUGUUAUCAUUAAAAUUCUUUACCAGAAAACAGAAGAGUGACCUCAAAGAUAACAGAAAUAUUUAUUGUUACAAACUGUAAAUCAAUAAAAAGUCAGAAAACUGAUCUACAAAUGAUUAGUUAUAAAGUUAUUAUACAAUUCAAUCAGAUCAUUAAUAAGUGUACCAUAUACAAAACUAAUCUAGUUUCAGUAAAACGUUUAUCAUCCUGAAGUGCAUUACGUAGACGAAUUGAUUUUCAAUGUAAUUCAUUUAUAAAGUACACUUUUGUGUAUUCAGAUUUCAAUUGUAACUUUAUGUAAAGUCACAAAUGGAAGUAAGAAAUGAAUAAAUAAAUGUAUAUAAAGAAACUCUUAGGUUGUUACUUACUAAAUGGUGUAUUUCUUGAUAGAAAUUUAAACUAUCAAACACUAAGUAUGGACGUGUCAACUCAAUUGAAAACCAGAAAACACUAAACAUUUGUUCCAUUCCAAUAUGGAACCUACCAAUGCACAUGCAAGAGCGCACCAUGGACCAGACCCAGGACCUUCAGGUCUCGCAAUAAUGUCCAGAAUUGAUUGCAGUUAGACAUGAAAACUAUUAGAUUCCGGUUCAGUGAUCCUAGUUUUAAGCGCUCCCCACGAGAUCUGAAGGUUCCGGGUUUAAUGCUUGAUAGAGUCAUGGAUGAACACUUCAGAAGAGUCCUACACCAGGUCUUUCUUGUUUUCAAUGGCUAUCUAAAUUUAAUCGCUUCGUAGUCUCAAUUAUCGACAAACGGUUCACUACUUUCACUGAUGGACUGUGUAGAUUGUAUAUCUAGUGACUGCAUAACCAUAAAUUUAUGUAUGAAUGUAAAUGUUAACUAAACACGUACGUUUAAUAAUCAAGAAUUACCUAUUUUUUUAACGAUGACACUUUAGUGAAAAAGGUGUUUAAUUCAGUUUACGUGACUUGUCCGAAAUCAUAAGUUCGAAAACCAAGUAAACGUGAAUUACAAAAAAAGUAUUACUCUAGAAAACAAAUAGAUUCUUAUGAUCACCUUAAUUCCUAACUGACUAAAACGAUAAGUGGAGAACUACCAACUACCUCUAAUUAGAGAAAAAUAUAAUCUGUUAAUGCCUUAACCCUUGUGAUAUAUAUAUCUGUAAUUGUAUAUACAUGUCUUUGUAUUUUAUCCCACCUUAUCUUAAUUAUAUUGAUAUAUCGUAUUAACCAAGUCAUUUUAGUAUAAAUAUACACUUAAAACACUAACUUUUGUUUAUCUAUUAACAAACAUUUUAAACCAUGAUCACCCAUCAAAAAUGGGUUAAACUAAAAUUUUCACAUAUCAUAUUAUUUAAAUCAAUCUUUAUAAUAUUUCAUUCUACCAUUCUUAUUCAUUGGUCCUUAAAUGGUGACUUAGUGAUGAUCGAAUUCUAUCGAAAAAGUCCCAAUGUGACCAUUGCUUAAACAGACUGGAUAUCACACUGAUUAUAUUUUGUUUAAAGGUAAUUAUUAUAAAUCUGUAGAUGUAGAUUCACUGGCAGUUAGUACUAGUGACUAUAACCACUGUAUGAGCUCUAUUAUUAUAUGUCAAGACUAUUCAUAGCCAUUAAGUAUAAUAAUAUCAAAUUUAAAUUGAAUCAAUUAUGGACUGAAUUAGUCUUCUUUUUUCGCAUUAUUCGUUAAACAGGCAUACAGAGAAUACAUCGGUUGAAUUGUAAAUAAUUCUUUAAGUCUCAUUAUUAACAGAUAUUUUAGCUCAUUUAUCAAGUACAGAUACUGUUUACUCAGUUGUCUAUGCAACAAAUAGCGGUGCCACUAGAGAGUGGUUCAACCCUAAUACCUGUUAAAUGAAAAUCGAGUGAUUUAACCAAUAACUCACGGCUUCAUACUAUGAACAAAUAUCUACUGAGAAAUUUAAAUAGAACGUCAGUAUCGACAAAAUUUACGCUAAUUAAAAGCACAACUUUAAUUUUUAUUAACAUUUAAAACCAUUAAUCAUUGAUGACUCAAACGUUUGAAUGCUAAGAGUUCGACGCAAAUUCGAAAAGUUUCAGUUAGAUACCCGGUGGAGUCGUAGAUGUACAUCGCUAAAUAGAUCCAUACUAAGACGAAUUAGCUUUCCAGUGUUUCAUGGUUUUCAAUGGUUAUUUAAUUAAGAUCAAUCUGUGUUGUAUACUAUGAAACCUAAUCGAUCAGUUCAAACCAAGUAGACAUAACGAACUAAUUAAAAAAAUACAGUCUAGAGAAGUAAACAUAAAAUAUGAAAAACCAUUUAUUGAUGAUCAUUUGUAUGGUGAAUGUGAAAAACAUAGUUGGCUGGAAUUAUCACAUUAUAUUAAAAACGAAAUAAAAUGAAUUUGUAAACAAUGGUAUCUUGGUAAAUCGAUCUGUAUACUCUGACUAACCUUGAACUAAUAUUGGCUUCAAUAACAUGAACUAUAAUCAAGACAUAGAAACAAAUAUCAAUAAGAACUAUAUUUUAUCUCGUAUAAACUUCCAAAUUGACGGUUUCUGUUCAUUUUGAUGAUUUUAUUCUUAUCCAGUAAAUAAUUAUUUUGUGUGAAAAAAAAGAAAAGAACUCAAUGAAUGCUUGAUUUGUUAACUGAACUUAGAAUAUGAACAAUUACUUAGUCAAAAUAAGAUUAUCAGAAGUUUUGUGGAGAAUUUAGAAAUUUCACUGACUGAAAUCAUGAGUCAAUGAAGCUAGACGAACAUGGAAACCCUGGAAGCACUGGACGGUCGUUUCGUCUUAGUAUGGGACUCCUCAGCAAUACGCAUCUACGAUCCCGCACCCCACGAGAUUCGAGCCCAGGACCUAUCAGUCUCGCGCCAGGCGCUUAACCAACUAGACCACUGAGCCGGCAUCCAACGGUGUUAAUGUCUAACUUCAACCAAUCCACGAAGUUGCGCCACCGUACACCAUUGUCUUCAGUGAGUUGAUAUCUCACAACAGACCUGGUUGAACUCCACUGGUAACGGCUUCCCACUAGAACUCCAGGAGUAUUUCAUGAAGUUAGUCACGAAACUGCCGUCCAGUGCUUCCAGGUUUUCCAUGGUGGUCUAGCUUCAACUGACUCAUGAUUUCAAUCAGUGAAAUUUAUUUCAUGGAUGAAAUCAAUGGUAAUUCAGUAGUUAGAUGACUGUUAAUUUGUCAUUGUUUUAUUAAAGUCUUAUAGUCUAGUUUAUCAAGAACCUGUUUAGAAAUAUGACGUCUAUAAAUUCGAACUUACACGGAUUGGGAUGAGAAAAGCCGUGGUUGAAAAUCCUAUUUUUGUGUUUCGAUAUAGUAAAGACUAACAUAUAAAUUUCUUUAAAGUAAUCCUGAAUGUUUUCUUUCUGCUUCAGUUAUCAUUCCCUGAUGGUAAUGCUUUAUGAAUAAUUUUGCUAGUAACUAACAAACCGUAGAAAGUUUAUCAGACAAAAAUUAAAAUAACUAGUAAUUUACAUUGUUUAGUCAGGUGGUUCCUGGAAGUAUGUCCAGUUUUUAUUAUUGAAGUGGCAUCCGUUAAAUUGGAAUCAAAACAAACACCUUCAUGGUUGAUGUUGAACACGGUAUAACAUUUUCAACUUUAAACAAUUCGUUUAUAUGUUUCCUAACUUGUGAAUGAGUUAAUUCCAUAGGUCGCAAAUUCUCACAAGAUAAAUCCAUCUAGAGGCUGUUAAUCGUGAAACACAGUCAGUCAGUCAGUCAGUAACAACGUGAAACACAACUACAAAUAAUAGUCAGUUAGGUGGUCUAUGGACACCUGAUCUAUUUGAAGUUAUAUAUGUGUAUUGAUUAGGAGUCCUAGACUAUAGUGAAACAGCUUAUCAGUGUUUAUCAGUUACCUGUGACUCGGGUAUUUUAAGUCAUUGACGAUUGAAAGUAAGGUUAGAAAAGUGAAUAACAUUAUGAAAUGAGAAGACAAGCGUAAGUUAUAAAUAUUCAAACGUAGGGAGUUUUCAUAGCACUGAUCAUCUAUGAUUACUUACUUACUUACGCCUGUUACUCGCAAUAGAGCAUAGGCCGCCGACCAGCAUUCUCCAACCCCAUCCUGUCCGCAGCCUUCCUUUCCAGUUCUGUCCAAUUUUCGUUCAUUUUUCUUAUGCUUAUCUCCAUUUCUCGGCGUAAUGUGUUCCCUCGUAUUCCUCUUUUCCUUUGGCCUUGAGGAUUCCAUGUGAGGGCUUGUCUUGUGACGUAGUUGGGUGCUUUCCUCAAUGUGUGUCAUAUCCACUUCCAGCGCUUCUUCCUAAUUUCUUCCUCCACUGGGAUCUGGUUCGUUCUUUCCACAGUUGGUUGUUGCUAAUAGUGUCUGGCCAACGGAUCCGAAGUAUUUUGCGUAGACAACUGUUAAUAAACACCUGUAUCUUCUGAAUGAUGGCUUUUGUAGUUCUCCAGGUUUCUGCCCCAUGUAGUAGAACUGUCUUGAUAUUUGUAUUGAAAAUCCUGACCUUGAUUACAGUAAGCAUAAAAUUCCAGGUUGAAAUGUCAAUCUGGUUAAUAAAUUCUAAAAUUUUACUUGAAUUAUAUGGUUUUAACACAUGUAUUCUAUUCCAAGCCGCCGCUUAAUCCAAGGUGUUGCCACUUUUCUGUGCUCUAUUGAUACCUAACAUUGUAUAACGGCUAAUUAAAAAUAAUAUAACAAUUGUCUGAAAUAAAAUGAAUAUUUUCCGUAUUCGAAUUUCUCGAUUCAGCGAAUACUAAUCCAAUUACGCAUCAACAGAAAAAUAUAUCUUCUGAUCAAUCAUCAAUUGGACUGAACGAUGAAACAUCGACAAUCGGAGAUUUCAAUGAAGUGACUAUAGGCAAUGUGUCUGUAGUUUCGGAGAGUAGAAAAUUACGAAAGGGUAUGUUAAUUGCAGCUGCAAAACUAUGUUAUUAAAAGUAUUUUAAGUAAACUAACACAAUUUUUCUACUUUGUGAGGGCUUGAAUUAUCCCAUUGUUGUCGCAGAUACAUCUAGGUGACCAGUCACUACAACAAAAGGAUAAUUCAAACCCCUAAAAGUAAAGUUUAUACCCAUUGAAGAAACUAGGGCUUAGUACCUCAGUAGAUUAUACGUUCGAAAUUCGAGGCGAGUUCUAGUGUGAAAGUCAACACUAUGGUACAAGUAAAUUGUUAGUUGACGAGUUCCAAAUAGAACAAAAUAUGCUUCCUGUGUUUCAAUUCAAGCCACAAUCUAUCUAUUCUAUAACACGAUUGAGUUUUCUUUUAUAUGAAAUUAAGUAAUUUUGCUUAUUUCUAGUUAGUUAUUUUCACUUGAUGUCAGUGUCUUGACACAAUAGGAAACAUUUUAAGCAAAUGCUUUAUAAUCUUUCAAUCAAAUAAUAACAUUUGACUAAUAAAUGGUUAAAUCUAAAGUCUCAGAACGACGUAUAAUAACAUUCUGCACACCUAAAUACUUGAAAUAUUGUGGAAAUUGGUUACAUGAAUGAAUUAUAAAAUAUUCGUACAUAAACAGAAUUAGUGGUACUCUUUCUGCUUAUCAUCAGACAUGUUUAUUAGUGAAACCAGUUUUGUAAAGUUACGGUGUAUGAAGUAAAUAUUUUCUUCAGUUUUGAAAGCAUUUUUGGCAUUAAUUUUUAAAAAGAGUUCAUAGUCUGGGUUUUUGGAACAUUAAAAUUAGUCAGCGAGUUUCAACAAUUUGUGUUUAUCAGUAUGGGGGUUGUGGAGAUUGUUAAGUUUUUGGUUGAGAUCAUGAAUCAAUUGAUGUUAGACCACCGUUGGAAACCUGGAAGCACUGGACGGCCG